AUGGAACGGAAUGACCCGAUAAUAGUGAAGCGGAUAGAGAAUCCAGCGGACACGAUCAUUACAUUAGGACAGUCCACGAGUUCAUGUCAAUUACAAGAUGACAUUCUUUUAUUUGGGAAAAAGGGGUUAAUGACUGCAGUUAAAAUCGAAGGGAACAAAUUAGUAGUUCUUCAUCAAAUUCACAUUUCUGGGAGUGUUGAUCAGAUGUGGUAUAAUCAUCAGAACCAUUUAUUAAUUUGUUUAGUCGAUAAGAAAUUGGAAUCGUUUCAAGUCGACUUGACGAAGAGAGCGGCGGCUGAAGUGUUCAAACGGGUAGAAACGAAGAACAUCAAAAAUGUUGGGAAUUACGAGUGCUUUUCGACCUUUUUGAAAGGGAAGAUAUUAUUUAUAGCUGCAGUGGAUACCAAGAAGAAGUCCGGAAUCACUUUAAUUGAAUCAAAGACGGAUGGGAUCUUUUAUAAAGAGACAAAAGUUUGGAAUUCAAAUGAACGAAUCGUUGGAUGUACUUUUGUUAAUCAAAAUUUGGCUAUCAUCUUCCCCUCGAAAAUUCAAAUCAUUCGAUUCUUCGGGCAAUCUGAAGUUGUCGCAGAGAAGAACAUUAAUCCAUUCAAGUCAAAACCUCGAUUCCUCCCUUUACAAUUGGCCCAAGUGUUAACACAUGUCGGCAAUGAUGUGUAUUUAAUAGAAGAAAAUACUAUUAAUACGAUAUUAAAUGAAUACCCCAUCAUUAAUAUAUCGAAGAUGUCCCCGUUCAUCUUUUUCAUGCAAGAAUUUGCUCAAAACAAAUUCUAUGUGUGUUAUAGACUGGAACCCCUCACACAGGCGUCAGAGAAGUCGGACGACUUUUCAAGAAAUGAAUAUUUCAAGCAAAGUUAUAUGCAUGAGGACGUUCCUGUGUUCAUUAAUACGACACUUAAACAACUCAUUUACUUUUCGCCGAACCCAAGUUGGUAUGAAAGUGCCGUCCAAAAUGGGUUCUAUAAAAGUGCGAUUGACUUUAUUACGUUGUUAGGGAACAACGCGGACUCGAAGGGGAAUUCCGAACAAUACAAAUCAGCAGCGUACACGUUAUGGGCGUUAAAGAAUAUAGUAGACUUCUAUAAGAAUGACGAAUCUCGAAAUGUUCAAAAUGUUGUGCAAAUCAUCAACAAUUUGAAGAUGGGGAAUGUCUCCGCGAAGAAUUUGGUGGUGUUUUUGGUCUUAUUUAUCUUCCAAGACUUCUUCCCAGACUUGUAUGAGAGGUUCUUACAUUGGUUUAAUACUACUAAGAACGACUGGAAGAAAGAUAUGCUGAAGACGUUUCCAGAGAAGUUGAUGAAAAAGCUUCAAGACAUGAUAGAGAGUGUUUUACAGAAUGAGAGUGAAGCUGUUGAGAAGAGUCGGAAGAAGAAGGUACCAUUAAAAAUUGAGACGACAGCGGAACACACGAAAGAUGAAAUCAUUCAGACGGUGAUCUCAUGUUUAAUGGCGAUGAGGAGUCAAAUAGUGGGGACGAGUAAAAUGGAUAAAGAGAAUGAAGACGAGAAUGAAAUGUUCUUUACAGCUAUAGUAGUGAUAUCAUAUUAUAGUGCACCACACUCGAAGGCUAUGGUGUCGUUGAUGAAGGAAACGACGUUCUUGAAUCGAAAUGUCAUCUUAGAAAUGCUGAAAGAGCCCACCGACCAAAAUCGAAUUCUAUUAAUAGAAUACUACGUGGCACAGAACCAUUUGAAUAACAUUUUUGAAAUUAAGAACAUCACAUAUAACGAGAAGAGAAUGGCAGUCAUUCGACUACUUGAGAACAAAAGCGACGCGAAGAACAUUAUGGCGAAAGUGAAUGUCUUGAUCAACGAAAAGAUUCGCGAGUAUUAUAAGAAAGAGGGCUUCAAUGGAAAGGUCCAGAAAGAACUCUCAUUGAUCUUUAAGAGUGAAGUCAUCACUGUUGAAGACGUCUGCAACGGCAUUGCAAGCUGGGAGUUCUCUGACAUGAACGACGGCGAAAUUGCGGAGAUGCGGAGCCGUCUGGCUGUCCUCUUUGUCAUCUACAAAAUGGGACUUUCAGAGACGAACAAAGCGCGAUAUGUGAGUCUGUAUGUAUCGAAGGUACUUGAACAUUUACGACUUGCGGAGAAGAGUGGAGCAUAUGUAGAGGAAGAGUAUUUGAAUCGGUUUGUAGACGUUGUAGAGAGUAGUCCGGAGUGUGUCAAAGAUGUGAAAGAAAAGGAUAUACCUGCGAAGUUCUAUAAAGUGCGGUGUGUAGUUGGAGUAGUACGAGACACGAGUGAACCGAAUAGUCGGAAGAAGCAUGUGUUAGAAGUGAUGGUGAAUAUAGUGAAUGAGUUGAAGAAGGACUCGAAUACAUUGAAAGAGAUCUACAGAGGAUAUCUACGAGCAUUAGUUGACUAUUUAAGCGGAUUGAGUAACCAAAAUUUGAUCUCACAAAGUGUUACUGAAGAGUCUGUGUGUAUAGUUUUGUAUUCCCAAGCGACACAAGAAGUCCUCAAAAAGACGUAUGACAUGUUAAAAUCCGUGAACAACUUGUUUGCUGAAAUUGCGCUGUUAAUCUUCUCGUUGGAUGACUUCAAGAAUGAAUAUCAGAAGAUCCAUCAAGAAGUUGUGAUGUCGCAAGCGCCAGGGAAGAUGGCGAGAUUUGUGUGGGAUUUAGCAGAUCCGAAGGAGAAUCCGAUAGCUGGGGAUGAAGAGUCGAUUCGGCAAGAGAUAGAGAACUACAAGAGUAAAGAAGACAUUAAAAACAUUUUAGAAGGGGUGAUCUGUUACUUAGAAAAGAAGAGUAAGCAAGAAGGGACAUUACUGACGGACUGUUAUUUGAAAUAUUUGCAAGUGAUUGGCGAUGAGAAGGAUGAAGUCUCAGCAGCGGAGAAGUUGAUGGAGAUGAUGCAGAACAACACAGUUCUUCAGAAGCACAUAGGGACGUACUUUAAUACACUUCCAUGGCGAUUAAGAUGUCGAAUUCGACAUGAAGAGAAGUACAAAGGGCUGUUAGAGUAUUAUCAAGUGAUGACACAGAACUACUCUGCGACGUUUGUAGACGACACGUUUAAAGCGUUAGACGACUAUUUAAAAGGAGUUGAUGAGAAUUAUACAUUUGAUGGGAGUAAUGAAUCUAUUGCGAAGUCAAUUCGACUCAUUAGACAGUGUUAUAGACCUUUCAAUAAGAUGCAUCCGGCACAUGUUGGUGCUGAGGUUGUGAUGCACUGUGUCUGUCAAGUGAACAAUUUGAAUACAAACACAUCGCCGUUACUUGCGUUCUUAAUCCACGUCUUACUCGAAAGAAACACCGAAUUUGAGAAUCCAUUCCCCGUCAGUUUCGCUCUUCGCCUCUUCGGAAGGUUUUAUCCAAUCAUUCCUUUAAAAUUCAUUCAAAAGGAGUUCGAGUGGCUUGGCAUCGACUUGAAUGAGUGGGACGAGAAGAUCGAAGUCGAAGGCUGUUUGUUCUCCAAAAUGCUCGACGGCGUUGAAAAUCUCGGGGAUCUCAAUUUCUUGUUGCCCGCUAUUUAUUCAACAGCAAGACGUUACUUCUACGACUCAAUGUACUUCGAAGCAGUCAAAACAGUCAUGAGUAAUGCUACUCGAAGGUAUGAACUCGUCGAUCGAAGAACUGUUUGUUGUAAAUGCAGACAUCGAGUAGCUGGCGGUCAAGCAUUUGUAUUAAUGCCUGAUGGGCAACUCGCACAUGAGCAGUGUUUUACGUCCUAUUAA